UCAGAACUUUAGCGACGCUCCCUUUGCAAAUGACUGCUGCAACUGUGUACUGACUACGCCCCUUCAAUCGAAACCAGGCAGUUCAAAUACCAGAACCUUCUGAUUUCACACAGCAAAGCUUCAGAGGUGGCUUCCGUCUUCAAAUCCCAUGUAUCCACUGGUCCACCGAGACAUUGAUACACAAGUAUGUCUUUCCUUGGUUUUUUUACUGAUGAAGAACUCAGGCAGAAGCUUUGCACCUAUAAAGCAGACAUUUCCUCUGCGAUCGAUAAUUUAUUCCCAUUCGUCCAUGGUCUUCGGGACAAGCUGGUAAUCACCAAUGAAAAAUUCCAAGAAAUCGUGAAAGUUCGAAAACACAUCAAUAAGGCUGUGUACUCAUUGCUGGAGUGCCUGGAAUUGAGUGAUCCCCCAAGCAUUCGCAAGUUUUGGUGUAACUUGUUUCAGGAAUAUAACAUGCAGAAGUAUCCGAAGCUGUAUCCCUUGCAGUGCAGCUUGGUUGAAGAACUGAAUGAAGAUAGAGGAAAGCGUGGUUUUGGAACCAAUCCUGUUGGAAAGGGCAAGCAGAGUAUCAUGGGGAAGAGAAAGCAUCCUGAUGAAGAAUGUGCAUCUCACUCAGCCAAUGGGAAAACUGAAAAGUGCAGCAAAGUUCAGAGCCCAGAAUGCAGCAAAGAUCCAAACCGAAAAGAGAAACGCAUCAAACCAAAUGUUAGAACCAACAGGUCUUGUUCUCCCCCAAAGGAAGGGUACUUUGACUCCAAUGAACUGCCUGUCAACUGUGGUGACAUUACUGGAAUAUUGGACAAGAAAAGACUAGCACAUGGAAGUACGACCCCAUGUAUAAAGUACAACAACGAAUGGUGUACACCACAACAAUUUGAAGUGAAUGGUGGCAGAGGCAGAAGCAAGAAUUGGAAACUCAGUAUUCGUUGCAAAGGCUAUCCGCUGUCCAAGUUGUUAGAGAACAAUUAUUUGGUAUGUCCAAAUGGCAAGAGGAAGUUUAAAACAGUCCGCCCUACGAAGCACAACAUCGAAUCUAACAGUGACACCAGCACUGAUUCUACAUCCUCUGAAAGUGAAUCCAGAUCCGAAGUAGGGAGCUACAUUGGGUUGGUGAGGAAAUCUACCAUCCACCAUGAAGCUGAGUUAUCAGAGCCUAAGAACACCGAACAGGAUGAUUUCUCCUCAAACAAGCUCCCAGUUACAUGUGGUUCCUUGAAAGCAUUCCUGUACAAAAACAGGUUUACAACAGGAGUAAGUGGAAAAUGUAUUCGAACGAACAAUAAAUGGCUGACUCCAUCAGAGUUUGAAAGUAUGAGUGACAUCAGCCAACAUCUUCGAUAUUGGAAGAGAAACAUCCACUGUAAAUCAAAGACUCUGGGCCAACUGAUUCAGAAAGGCUACCUGAAACUUCACAAGCUUGAUUGCAUUUGUGAUAAGUGCACAUCUCCCGAUUUUGAAUCUCAGGAGAAUGAUGAUGAAUGUUCAGCAUGUAACGAUGGAGGGGAUUUAAUCUGCUGUGAUGAAUGUCCCAGAGCUUUUCACGAUCUCUGCCACGUCCCCUUGCUCAGUCCAAAUUUAAGUUACAGUGAGAGUUUCAUCUGCACCUUCUGCAAAAUGGACAGACUAUCAGCAAAUAAGAUCAGGGCAAAGGUCUCCAACAGUGAAUUUGAUGUAUAUCGAUCAAAUAUGACUCCAGAAUACAGUCUGAAAUGUGAAUAUAUUUUACUCCGACUGUGUUGCGAACCAGACGCCCUAGAGUUUGAAAAAAACCCCUGUGACAUUGUUCCAAAUUACGGUGAUAUAAUUGAAAACCCCAUGUGGUUCUGCAAGGUGAAGAUAAAGCUGGCCACUAACAGAUACCGCACAGUGGGUGGUUUCAUCGAUGACAUCAGGCUAAUCUUCCAUAACUGUGCCAGAUUCAACCAGGGAAAUGAACUUGAAGUCAUUGGAAGAAAAUUUAGUGAUGAAUUUGAAGAGGUCAUGGUGGAGACAUUUGAUAUCGGCAACAAUGAUCUUAAUAUCCCAUAAGUGGAUAAAUGUAACUAAAUGAAGAACUACAAUGUGUUAAUGUACCAGAAUCUUACCAGAUUAUUAACUGUAUUUUUGAACUCAACAUUUAAAUAUAGAUAUAUGUAUAUUUUCUGUAUCUUUUAUAAUAAAAUAGAAAAUUGAUGAUUGAAUACAACAUUAUUUAUAAGAACAUGUAUGCUUGUAGCUAUUUGUGCAUGGUGUAUACCUGUACAUGGUUGUAUAAGUAUAUAGCAUGCAGAAUUCAGGUAUUAUUGGGUUGAAUCUUACGAGCAGAGGUUGCAUUGACUUGAUUGGAGGAAUACCCACCAUGGGGACUAGCAAGUUAUUUUACCAUAUCUUACCAAACUCACCUCAUGAACUACCAGACUUCCCUAUGGUAUUCCUCAUGUCUGAUUCGAUUCCCAUCUUAUCAUGCAUGACUCCCAGAAGAACUUGCUAUUCAGCAUUUUUCUGCUGAAAGAGUGGCAUGCCUGUGCCAUCUUUAAAAAGCCAAUGUGUACCCUGACAAGUGUUGCCAAUCUGGCAUUGCCCCUCCUCAGCAAUAGUUUGACACAGCAGUUAUGAAGCUAUGUUGCUUACAGCACACAGCCAGCAUGGCUGAUGCUCAUUUGCAUAUACCUUCACAUUCUCUCACCCUAAUCUCUGCUUACUCAUUAGGCCAGUGAGCAGGUCUGUAGCUACAUCCCGACUAAAUACCCUCACUAAGUCAGUGUUACUCACAGACAUAUCAUGUAGCUAACUAUGUGUGCAUUUGUCCAUACAGUGGGAUAUGCUGCUCCCAGGUAAUGAGGGCCAUGUCUCCAACAUUAAUCCAACUUCAGCCUCUGCAACUUGGUGAAGGUGAUGCGCUGGCUGACUGACCAGGGACUCGCUGUACAAAGAUCUGGGCAACGGGGGAAAAAAUACACCCAAUGCCAUCCUCACUCUGAUGGCCACCUUUGUGUGUGGCUGCAUCAAGCUGUGCGUGGAUCCCCAGUAUGCAAAUACCAAGUGUCACUACGUACUGAGAUUCUACCUGUCCCCGGUGUUGUGAAGGAUAGGCCUGGCCUCGCUGCGGAACGCUCCGAGUAGUUGGACCAUUCCGUAUCACCUGUCCUUUGUGGAGAAGAUUAUGAAGAAAAACACCUUUGACCACAAGUCCAUCAGGAAGUGGUCAGCACGUAGUGUCCUCGAGACCCUUCGGGAAAAGGAGAGGGUGGAUCCUAUCGAGCUGUUCCCUGAGCAGACUGUCAAAGCCAUUUGGCAGAAUGCUUCAUCGCCAGAACUGUCCAACAAGCACCAAGACAUGGCUUGGCUGGUGGUGAGAAGGGCUCUACCUGUGAGAUCCUUUAUGCAGGCCCAGACUCUCAGCCACACCGCACGCUGCCCUCGAAGCAGCUGCGGGGGGGGAAGAGACUGUCACACACCUCCUUCUGGAACGUGCCUAUGCAGAGGAAGUCUGGAGAGGAAUGCAGCGGUGUUUGUCGAGGUUCGUCCCGAGCAGCGCCGUGACGCGGGACUCCGUGCUCUAUGGCCUGUUCCCCGGGACGCACACUGAGACGAACAUCAACUGUGCCUGGAGGAUCAUCUACUCAGUGAAGGACGCUCUUUGGGUGGUCCGAAACCUGUUGAUCUUCCAGCUGAAGGAGUUGACCCCGACUGAGUCUUGCAGACUGGCACAUUCCAAGGUCCAGGACUACGUGUUGAGGGACGCGCUGAAGCUUGGGGCAGCUGCCGCCAAGGCGCGGUGGGGAAAGACCACCGUGUAACAUCUGCCUGCCUAAGAAGAACAGGGGGCCCAUGCAGUCAUUUGGGCUCUGCUGACACCUCAGCAUAUAUCGGCAUAUGAGUGAAAAAUGCACAGACCUGUAUAUAACAAUGAUAGUUUCUGAUCUGUGUAUGUAAAUGUUGACAUAUGUAUGGCAUGACCAAA